UGCGCACGCAUUCCAGGAAGAAGUGUUGAAAAAGUCCAAUCAUUUGUCGACACAUUUACCGGCACUAUCGCAGAAGUCAUUCAUAGAUUUAUAGAAAAUUUUAUCAACAUGAACAGACUGGUUGUUACGGCAACCAUUCUGACAGCACUGAUUGGAGUAUCAGUAUGUCACUUGGCUGUCAUGUCUGUGGAUUUGGGAAGUGAAUACAUGAAGAUUGCUAUUGUUAAGCCUGGUGUUCCCAUGGAAGUCAUUGUAAAUGAGGAUUCAGCAAGAAAAACAGCCACUAUAGUAUGUUUAAGGAAUGGUGAAAGAAGUUUUGGAAACCCGGCAGAGCAUUGUGCAAACAAAUAUCCUAGCAACGCAUUCUGGUACCUGACCCAGAUUGUUGGUAAGAUGUAUGAUGACCCUGCUGUUACUGUGUACCAGAAACGGUUUCCAUAUUACAAACUGGUCAAGGAUGAGGACAGGGGAACCGUUCUCUUCCAAAUUGAUGAUGAGACAUUCUACAGCCCUGAGGAGUUACUGGCCAUGAUUCUAGAAAAAUCUCGUUCAUACGCCGAGACUUUUGCUGACCAAACAAUCAAAGAUACAGUUAUCACCGUGCCCUCGUACUUUAACCAGGCAGAGAGGCGGGCUGUUAUGUUGGCUGCAGAACUAAGUGGUAUUAAUGUGCUCCAGCUUCUGGGAGAUAACGCUGCAGUUGCCCUGAACUACGGUGUAUUCAGACGUAAGCAGUUCAACACCAGUAUGACAUACAUCAUGUUCUAUGAUAUGGGUGCUACAAGCACCACAGCUACGGUUGUCGGCUACCAAGUUGUAAAGAUGAAAGAGGGAACUCGCAUGGUUGAGAAUCCCCAGCUCGUUAUCAAGGGCGUUGGAUUUGACAAGGAACUAGGAGGUCUGGAGAUGUCCAUACGACUUCGCGACCAUUUUGCAAAGUACUUCAGUGAGCACAAGAAGACCAAGUCUGACCUGUACACCAACUACCGAGCUAUGGCAAAACUGCUGAAGGAGGCCAAGAGGGUUAAGAAGGUCCUCAGUGCUAAUGCUGACCAUCAGGCCAGGGUUGAGGGUCUACUGGAUGAGGAAGACUUCAAGAUGAAGGUGUCACGGGCAGAGUUUGAGGAGAUGUGUUCCGACGUGUUUGAGCGUGUCACCAAACCCAUUGAUGUUGCUCUCAAGGCCUCUGAGAUCACACUGGGUGAGAUAUCAGAUGUGAUUUUGAUGGGAGGAGGCACCAGGAUUCCUCGUGUACAGCAGAAACUGAAGGAAUACUUAGGAGGUAUUGAGCUAGGCAAGAGUAUCAAUACAGACGAAGCCGCCGCUCUCGGGGCCGUCUACCAGGCCGCUCACCUUGGAAAGGGAUUCAAGGUCCUCACUUUUGGGGUCAAAGAGGCAAACAUCUACCCCAUAUUGGUUGAGUUUGAGAAGCAGAGAACAGAAGACAGCACAGACCCACCCAAGGUGAUCAAGCGUACCCUGUUUGGCCGCAUGAACCCCUACCCCCAAAAGAAGGUGAUGACCUUCAACAAACACUUCAAGGACUUUGACUUCAAUGUCAGCUAUGGGGAGCUUGACUUCCUAUCCAGUGAAGAGGCUGAAUCAAUGAGACAGCUCCAGGGCCCGAUCCAGGAGAUUGGGUUGAGGGGCAUUGCAGAGGCGUACAAUAAACAUACGGAUGCACAAGAGGCCAAGGGAAUCAAGGCACACUUCCGUAUGGAUGAGAGCGGCAUACUUACACUGGACCUGGUCGAGACGGUGUUUGAGAAGGAAGACAAGACUGUGGAGGAGGAGUCCACAUGGUCAAAGCUAGGUGACACAAUCAGUGGGCUGUUUGGAUCCAAGGAGGAAGGGGACCAACCUUCACCACAGAUGGAGGCAGUAGAUGAUUCUAUCCAUUUAAAUCUAGAUGAGGCCAAUGGUACGACGGAGGGUAAGGAUGGAGGAGAGACUGGAAAUGAGCAACCACAGUCUGAUCAGCCGGCUAAACCAGAGUCACAACAGCCAGAAGAGGGCAAAGAAGAGCAGAAAGAGGAACCAGCAGGGGAGGAUAAAAAAGAUGAGGAACCGGCUGAAGAUUCUACACAGGAACCGACUGAUGAGAGCACAGGAGGGGAACCAGACAAGGCUGAAGAGAAGGAUGAGACAACUGAAGAGAAACCAGAAGAGAAACCAAAAGAUGAUGAGAAACCGAAAGAAGAAAAAAAUGGAGACAAAAAAGAGGAUGGAGAUAAAACGGAAAAUGGGGAAAAGAAGCCCAAAAUUGUGAUUGUGAAGGAGAAUAUUACCACGGAAACAUCUAUAAAUGAUAUCAGACCUCCUAGCAAAGAUGUCUUCAAAGCCAUGAAGAAAAAACUCGCUGACCUGACUGCCAGGGAUACGGAGAAGAAACUCUUAGAAAAAGCGAAGAAUGAGCUAGAGUCGUUUGUCUAUGACAUGAUGGACAAACUCUCACAGGAGUUGUAUGUGCGAUGUUCCACGGAGGAACAGCGUGAGGAGUGGAUGAAGUCACUUAGCGAGGCUUCUGAUUGGCUGUAUGAACAGGAGGAAGAGACACCGAAAGGGCCAUACAUAGACAAACUGAAGGACCUUAAGAAGAUGGUGAAGAAGGUUGAAUUCCGUGUGCGUGAGGUGAAGGAGCGCCCGGAGGCCCUGGCUGCCAUCGAUUCCAUGCUGAAUCACUCUUCUGUCUUCCUGAGUAACAUCAAGAAUCUUUCAUCACUGAGUAUUGAGGAGGCCCUGUUUACAGCAGUGGAGAUUGAAACACUAGAGAAAUUGAUAAAUGAAACUAUGGACUGGAAAAAUAGCAGUGUGAAAGAACAGAGUCAAAUUCCAGAUUAUGAAACGCCCAAGUUAUUAUUAGAAGACAUUGGUAGAAGAAUGCAGGCUUUAGAUAGAGAAGUUAAAUAUUUAAUAAACAAAGCAAAGACUUAUAAACCCAAAGCAAAGCCUAAAAGUGAGAAAAAUAAGACCACAAAUAAAAAUGCUACUGCUGCUGAUAAAGAUGGUAAAGAUACACCAGCUGAUAAAGAUAUUGAUGAUAUCCCAACUGAUAAGGACAUUGAGGAUCAAGAUACACCUGGAGAUAAAACUGAAGGAACAACAGACAGUCCAGACACAGAAAUACCUCAGCCUCCAACAGAGGAAGAAUCUCAACAAGCUACAGAUACACAAGAAGAAGAAACAGAUGAUACUGUAAAAGCCACAAAAAAGCCGGAAAGAACAACACACGAUGCAGGAGAUUUAUAACACUAGCUCAUCUAUAGGACUUAUACACCAUUUCUCAUGAUCAAUAUCGACCAUUAGGCUAGUAUUUUCAGCCAGGACCAGCUCAUUUUGUAUUGUUAAACUAAAAGGCAUUAGAUUGUGAUACUGGCUCACUGAUAAAGGCAUGUUAGUCAAGGGCGUACAUGUUAGUCAAGGGCUUUGUUGUUGUUUGUGGCGACAGGAGGUGAAGUGCUUUGGCAUGGUCUAGCAAAGAUAUUUGGAAGAUAAAUAGGAACUGUAGUGUUUCCAGGGGGUGAUCCAGGUCAUUUCAGUUGUUGUUUUAAGAAAUCCAUCAUGUUCACAGACUGAUAUACUUGGAAUAUUUACUUUGGAAUAUUACAUUAUCAAAGACACAUUUAAAAUAUUUCACCUUGUUCAAUUGUGUACUUGCUCAGCCAAAGUUUAAAUCUUUCCACCUGUUAGUUUAUUUUUCAUAUAUAGAUUUAAAAUAGUUUAAAUGUUGAAACAUACUAUUGAGUCAAAUCAGAUUUUGUAAUACGUCCAUAUUCUGUUCAUUCCAUGUAUGAAUGGAAAUAGUUUGACAUUUGUGAUGAAUGUUUGUUGAAUAUGGAAAAAUGUAUUAUUUUAAACAUGUUCUGAGUUUGUGUGAGUGUAUUCGGACAUGUGUGCGUGUUUAUUGGGGUACAUGUAUAUAGUUUAUUGAAGAAUUUGAAUUUGUAAUUUAUCUGUUUGUUCAUGUUUCAUUAUUUAUAAGUCAUGAAGUGCUUCUGAAGUGGGUUUGUGCAAAAGAUAAAUUAUUACGGAGUAAUUUCAAUUAGUAGAGUCGAAUAUUGCUGUAGUAUUUAUAGAUAUUUUUCUAGUUCUAGUGUCAAUAUAAGAUUAUAUGUUUGAUCUGUACUUUUACCCGAGAGAAGGGUCGAUAUUCAAUCAAAAUUGAUGGGCCAAAGUUGCGGAAAUGAUGUUACAUGUUGAAAUGAUUGUGAGUUCAGCAUAAAAGUCUGAUAGGACUCGAUAUGACUUGGGCAGCCAGAGAUACAUUUUAAAUCCAUGUUGAAGGCAUACUUAAUUAAAUCAGUUUACAACCUUUCCAUCAACAUUAGAACAUACACUAUAGGACUUUGAGCAAAAAAUGUACUUGUAGUGACAGUACUUAUGAUUAGGGAUGGCAACGAGUAGUAAAAUUAAUACUCGAGUACUCGGACGAUCGUUCGAUCGGGUACUCGAUUACUCGGAAAAAUUGAAUAGAAUAGAAUAGGAUUGUGUAGGUGAAAGUACCGCUAUCAAAACUUCGCUAAUUGACAUCAGUGCUAAUUUGAAAUAGGGGUCCUUUGUUGAUAGUUUGCAACUAUCACUGUUAACUGUCAACUAAUUUAUUGAGGUCAAUUGUGUACACAGCGGGGAUUAGAGGGACCGUACAUUGUCCUCUUGGCAACUAACCCGAUCUGAUAUUUUAUCUGUAAAUCGUAUAUUUGGUGAUUUUUAUAGAUUUUUUUCCGAGUACUCGAGUAGUGAUUUGGUACUCGAGUACUCGGACGUUCGAUCGAGUACUCGAGUACUCGGGUACUCGUUGCCAUCCCUACUUAUGAUCAAUCUGUAUUUGUGAAUGUUUGACAGUCCAGUCAAUUUGACAAGGUCUCAUGACUGUUCCUGUACGGUAUUCUCAUUUGCAUGAAUAUUUUUAUUUUGAUAUUUGUAGAUUAAUUUGAUGUUUGAUGAGAUAGUUCUUUAAUUGUGCGAGUUAACUGGAUGAUUGACAAUAUAUUUGUCUUGGUACUUGAGACUUUGCAAUUCUAAACAAAUAUUGGAUGUUUUGUUAUUGUGAAACGAAAUAGAAAACUAUUAAAUAUUUUGAA